AUCUCUCGGCUCCAUACCUGAACUCUUCUUUUUUACUCACAACUCCCAUGGCAUUCACGUUCACACCCUAAUUGUUUAGCUAGAUAAUUGAACGAACAAGAGCAUCAGGCCCAAUUGUGUCUUUUCACUUGCAAAAGUCUGAAAAUUCUUUAAAAAGGGAACCUCGAUAACUUAACAGCCUCACAUGUGGAAUAAAAAGCCAAUAUUAUAUGAUUUAUAGUUCUAUGUUUUCCCAAGCAAAGCGUUCCAGGCUUCCCUAAACUAAGUUGUGACUUGUGAUAACUCGAAGAGUUCAACGGUCCUACUCCAAACAAAGCACGGAAUCGGUACUCUGAAUCCUAGAAAAAAAAUGGGAGAUGGAGCUGCAACAAAAGGUGAUUCAACCUCAGCUGGUAAGGAAACUAAUCGCCCAAGCAGAGAAAAGGAGGGAGGGCCUUCUCUCAACAGUUUGGCGCUCGUGAGAAAAGCAACCACACCACACAACAUUUUGUCCAUGGACAUCAAGGAUUGGCAUCAUGUGGUAUACGAAGGAGUGCUCCUGAAAAACGACACACAGAAGUUUUGGGUCGAUGCGAAGCACCACAAGAACUGCUUCAUGGUGCUUCCCAAGGCGUGUGUAAUUGCUGGGGGCGACGAAGAAAGUUGCUGGUAUUGGAUCACCAUGGAAUUAAAAUGUUUCCGCAGAGAUGCCAACAUACGUGUCCCCAAAUCGAAGAAGUUAUCCUGGCUCUUCAUACAGGGAAGAUUCAAGACAAGAGCGCUCUCACCCAAUACUACGUAUGAGGUCGCAUUCGUGGUCAAACUCAACCGAACUGACUCUGAAUGGUCUUCUAGGGUGGAGCUCAAGCUAAACCUGCCGGAUGGGACCGAACAGACCAACACGGAGGAUCUGGGCCGGCGGCAGGAGGAAUGGAUAAAUCUCCGUGCCGGUGAGUUCGAGAUGGGCCCAAAGACCGUGGGGACGAUUUCUUUCGCCCUCCAGGGGACGAGGAUCCAUCCUCAAAAGACGGGCCUCAUCCUCAAGGGCGUUCUUAUUCAUCCCAAGGAUUAAACAAAGCAUAACCAGUUCGAUGCGGUGGAGGAAGAGUUCUCCUAGCUAGAUCACAUUAUCCUUAAUUACAAAAGAGAUUUUUAUAUUCAUUUAAUGUGACAUGAACACAAUGAGAAAAAUCAUAACCUUAUGUUCUUGUAGUAAGGAAAUUCCUAUUAUGGGACUACAAAUGAUCUCCAUCUAUGUUGAAAAUAAUCUGAAGCAUGAGACUUAUCCUGAUUUUAUGUACACGUAAUUACCAUCUUGCAGUUUUUUAUUUGAACUCAUGGAUUGGCUCGACACCUAAGCUGUAGCAGUGUUGAUUGGGGCUCAUCCCUUUGCGGA